AUGGCAAGUUCAGCGCUGAAGAAACUCGCCACCGGACCGCCCGACGCAAGAAGAGAGGAGAUCAUCCGCCUCUGCUCCACUGGCCGCGUCAAGGAGGCUCUCCACCGCCGCUUCCGGCAGUGCCUGUGGUCGGAGCCUGGCCUCUUCUCCCACAUCUUCCGGGCGUGCCGUGCUCUCCCGCUCCUCCGCCAGCUCCACGCCUUCGCCGCCACGUCCGGCGCCGCCGCCGACCGGUUCACGGCGAACCACCUCCUCCUUGCCUACGCCGACCUGGGCGACUUCCUCGCCGCGCGCGGCCUGUUCGACAGAAUCCCUAAGCGGAACGUCAUGUCCUGGAACAUCCUCAUCGGGGGAUACGUUAAGAACGGUGAUCUGGAGACCGCGCGGAAGCUGUUCGACGAAAUGCCCGCGAGGAACGUGGCGACGUGGAAUGCCAUGGUCGCUGGGCUCACCAACUCGGGACUCAACGAGGAGAGCCUGCGGUUCUUCCUUGCCAUGCGGAGGGAGGGGAUGCAGCCUGAUGAGUUUGGCCUCGGGAGCUUGUUCCGGUGCUGUGCCGGGCUUAGGGACGUUGUGUCUGGGCGACAGGUCCACUCGUACGUGGUGCGGUCGGGACUAGACAGAGACAUGUGCGUUGGGAGCUCCUUGGCACACAUGUAUAUGCGGUGUGGUUUUCUUCGAGAUGGGGAGGCUGCUCUCCGAGCAUUGCCUCUGCUUAACAUUGUGUCUUGCAAUACCAUAAUCGCUGGAAGAACACAGAAUGGAGACUCGGAAGGGGCACUCGAGUAUUUCUGCAUGAUGAGAGGUGCUGGUGUGGAAGCAAAUGCAAUCACAUUCGUCAGCGCCGUUAGUUCUUGCUCAGACUUGGCAGCUCUUGCACAAGGUCAGCAGGUUCAUGCACAGGCUAUCAAAGCUGGAGUUGACAAGGUUGUGCCAGUCAUGACUUCUCUUGUGCAUAUGUAUUCUCGAUGCGGGUGCUUAUGUGAUUCAGAAAGGGUUUGCCUUGGGUAUAGUGGUACAGAUCUUGUCCUUUGCAGUGCGAUGAUCUCAGCCUAUGGAUUCCAUGGGCAUGGACAAAAGGCAGUUGGUCUGUUCAAACAGAUGAUAGCUGGAGGGGCAGAACCCAAUGAGGUUACUUUCUUGACCUUGCUAUAUGCAUGCAGCCAUAGUGGUCUUAAAGAUGAAGGCAUGAGUUGUUUUGAGCUUAUGACUAAUACUUGUGGACUAAAGCCAAGUGUUAAACACUACACUUGUAUUGUGGAUCUUCUUGGACGUUCAGGUUGUCUAAAUGAGGCGGAGGACCUUAUCCUGUCAAUGCCUGUGCAACCUGAUGGGGUCAUAUGGAAGACACUACUGUCUGCAUGUAAGAUCCAGAAAAAUUUCGACAUGGCCGAGAGGAUAGCAGAACGUGUUAUUGAAUUGGACCCUCAUGAUUCUGCAUCUUAUGUUCUUCUAUCAAAUAUUCGAGCUACCAGCAGCAGAUGGGAGGAUGUCAGUAAGGUAAGGAAAACCAUGAGGGAACAGAACGUGAGGAAAGAGCCUGGAGUUAGCUGGGUGGAGCUGAAGGGUCAGAUUCACCAAUUCUGCACAGGAGAUAAAUCCCAUUCAAGGCAAAGGGAGAUUGAUGAAUGCUUGGAAGAAAUGAUGACCAAGAUCAGACAAUGUGGAUAUGCACCGGACAUGAGCAUGGUUUUCCAUGACAUGGAGGAUGAGGAGAAAGAAGUUAGUUUGGCGCACCACAGUGAGAAGUUGGCUAUAGCAUUUGCUUUCCUGAGCUUACCUGAAGGAGUUCCUAUUCGGGUUAUGAAGAAUCUACGUGUAUGUGAUGAUUGCCAUGUAGCUAUUAAGUUGAUGUCUAAAGUGACUGGACGGGAGAUUGUGGUCCGAGAUGUUGAUACAUUUGAUGAAGAACUUGAUUCCACUAUGAUUAUUGGGAUGGGCUUUGAAAAGACUCAGGCUGAAGUUGCUCUUGCUGCAGCUGAUGGAGAUCCAAAUGUUGCCAUUGAGAUUCUGAUGAGUCAGCAGGGUUGA